UCAUAGCCCCAGAGGUUAACAUAUUUGAGUUUUUUAUGGUCAGCAAAAAGAUGACCACCUUAACACACAAACCCAGAAAAUGAUACGCAAAAGCCCUCAUGUCAAGACCUUCCUCUGCUCUUCACACCUUUGGAUAGCUAAAAGAUAUCUACUUACAGAUAAUAUUGUGAAAUUGAAAGAAUUUCAGCAUAAGAAGGUGGCUAUUGCACAUAAUCUUCCUGGCACCAAAGAAACCUAUUUGAGAAACUUGGAAGAGAAAUUGACCCAGAAUAAACUCAUAUUGAAGGACGAGCUGAGAACCUUGCUUCAUUUGUGUGAGUCCCGGGACGAUGUGGAGCUGGCUAAAAAUGUCAUUUACAGGUACCACGCAGAGAACCGAAAUGUCACUUUGGGGGAAUACAAGUUUGGACCACUUUUCAUCAGGUUGUGCUACGAGUUGGAUCUUGAGGAAUCUGCAGUGGAGCUCAUCAAGGACCAGCAUUUACGAGGUUUCUUCUCAGACUCCACAUCUUUUAACAUUUUGAUGGAUAUCUUAUUUAUCAAAGGCAAAUAUAAAAGUGCUUUGGAAGUAUUGGUUGAGAUGAAAAACCAAGAUGUGAAGUUCAGCAAAGAUACCUAUGUCCUUGCUUUUGCAAUUUGCUACAAACUGAACAGCCCUGAGUCUUUUAAGAUCUGUACUACAUUAAGAGAAGAGGCUCUAAUCAAAGAAGAAGUCCUCUCCAGAAGAGCAUCCUGUUUUGCUGUGGCAUUAGCUCUGAAUCAGAACCAAGUUGCAAAAGCUGCAUCCAUUUUUUCUCAAAUCCUGAAACCAGAAAGCAUAAUCUGCACUAAUUUAAAUCUUAUGAUCUAUAUCAAAUCAAAUAUGUUGAAAGACCUGAUAGAUAUACUGAAAGAAGCUACAGAAGGAAAUUUAUCAAGAUUUGUGAAAAAACAUGAGUUCUCAGAAGAAGUGCUCGCCAAAGUGAGGGAAAAAGUGAAGGAUGUGCCUGACCUUGUGGCCAGAUUUGAUGAGAUCCUUGGGAAACUGUAUAUAAAUGGCCAGGUCACCACUUACUCUUUGGAUGCUCUGCUCUGCCACACCCCCAGGAACAGGAGCUCCCACUUGGUGCAAUUAAGCAAGAGGACAAUCAGCCGCCGGACCUUCCAGCCACUCAACCGGUCCCUGUGGGCUGAGUAACCCUAUCCUACUGAGAUGGGGUAGGCCUGCUUCUAGAGAGUUAACCAGCUUCCUGGGAAACCAGGCACCAUACUCCAGUGGACACUAUACUAAAUAACACCCGGUCUCCUCCUUAAAUUUCCGAGUUCAUGGAGUGCUGGCAUAAGACUUGAGACGUUUAUAUGUUGUGUCCCACUGUGAAGGUCUAGAGAAAAAGCAAGCGGGAAACUCAGCUCCCCCAGAAAGGAGCAUUUCUUCUGUGCAAAUUGCCAGGAUCCCGAAAGAAAUGUGGUCAUGUCCUCCAGUGCAGUUUCCAGUACCAGAGUGGAAGCCAUUAAGCACUGGUGGGAAGGAGUUUCACUAGAAGUGGUCAACUUUAAAAUCCAGAGGAUAGUUACUUGCCGCAAGUUACUUUUGCUGAAUUUGGGAGCUCUGAAACCAGAAAACAACCCAGGAUUUUCUCACUGUCAUCAUUUAUCUGUAACCCGAAAUAAGAUACUUGAGUCCUCAUUUUUCCGUCUGUAAAAUAAUAGUGCCUAUGUGAAUCUCUGUAUUGAUUGGAAAUUUUCAUUGAAGGUUCAGUAGGGUUAAAUUUUCUCAAAUAUAAGAGCAAUAAAAAGGUUCCUGAAAAAACUUGAGGUUAUAUUUUAUUUAUUUAGCAAUACAAACAAAACCAGAAUUUAGCUCUCAGAACUGUUAAAUAGCCUGAGUUUAAGUGAUUACUGCUUUGGUCAUGGGCAAAUGAGACCAAUAAAAACCACAUU